UCAACCUCCGGUCACACUGUCACUGGGAUCAAUAAGUUUACUUUUCUUCUUUUGCCUUGUUUUUAUUUCCCUUUGGCGUUCGCUGGUGGUUCCGCUGGUGGUAUUACAUCAUUGGAGGGUGAGGAUUCGGGUCCGGCCAGCUAAUCCCAACCAGUUGCGACACGAUGACGGAGCUGCACUUGGAGCUAGAGAGUGUCCGCCUAUCGACAUUCGGGGAAUGGCCCCUGAAUGCCCCCGUCUCCGCUGAGGAUCUGGUGGUCAACGGAUUUUUCGCCACGGGUAACUGGCUGGAGGCCGAGUGCCACUUUUGCCACGUUCGCAUCGACCGUUGGGAGUACGGUGACCAGGUGGCUGAUCGCCACCGUCGCUCUUCUCCCAUAUGCUCCAUGGUACUGGCCCCUAACCACUGUGGCAACGUUCCGAGGAACCAGGAUAGCGACAAGGAAGGCAACAACGUAGUGGAUAGUCCGGCAUCCUGCGCCUGUCCCGAUCUCCUGAUUGAGGCCAACCGCCUUGAGACCUUCAAGGAUUGGCCUAAUCCCAAUAUCACUCCUCAGGCUCUGGCCAAGGCUGGGUUCUACUACUUGAACCGCCUGGAUCAUGUUAAGUGCGUAUGGUGUAACGGAGUAAUCGCCAAGUGGGAAAAGAACGACAAUGCAUUCGAUGAGCACAGACGAUUCUUUCCACAAUGUCCUCGGGUACAAAUGGGUCCACUUAUAGAAUUUGCCGCUGGAAAGAACUUAGACGAGCUUGGAAUCCAGCCCACUACUUUGCCGUUGCGUCCAAAGUACUCCUGUUUAGAAGCCAGAAUGACAACCUUUUCCGAUUGGCCCAUUGCCAAUAUCCAGCCUGCAAACGCGUUGGCUCAAGCUGGUUUAUAUUAUCAGAAGAUUGGCGACCAGGUGCGCUGCUUUCACUGUAACAUCGGUCUGCGCUCCUGGCAAAAGGAAGAUGAGCCGUGGCAUGAACACGCCAAAUGGUCGCCAAAGUGCCAAUUUGUUCUGCUAGCCAAAGGUCCAGCCUAUGUAAAGGAAGUUCUCGAUGCAACGGCAGCCAACGCCAGAUCCCCACCUGCCACUGCACCGGCUCCAUCGCUCCAGGCAGAAGCACUGAUGGACGAAGUCCCAGCCAAGGAGGCCCUGGCAUUGGGCAUAGAUGGAGGAGUUGUACGAAAUGCCAUCCAGCGCAAGCUCUCGAGUUCUGGCUGCGCAUUCACCACCCUCGACGAACUACUGCAUGCGAUCUUUGAUGAGGCGGGCGCUGAGGCUGCCUUGGAGGUGCGCGAGCCACCCGAACCGAGUGCGCCAUUUCUGGAUACAUGCCAGGCUACCACUAGCAAGGCGGCAACGGUGCCACCAUGGGUGUGCGAUUCCAUCCCAGCCAAACCGCAGGCACCUCCAGUUGCUGAAACGUCCAAGAUCACGGACCAGCUAGAAAAGCUGUCAGUGUCCACACCAAAUGGCAACCUGUCAUUGGAGGAGGAAAAUCGUCAGUUAAAGGAUGCACGCCUCUGCAAGGUGUGCUUGGACGAGGAGGUUGGCGUAGUUUUUCUGCCUUGCGGUCAUUUGGCUACCUGCAAUCAGUGCGCCCCUAGCGUUGUAAAUUGUCCAAUGUGCCGCGCCGAUAUUAAGGGAUUUGUUCGCACGUUUCUGUCAUGAAUCGGAUUUCCACACCUUACCGAGUUUAUCAGCUAGUUGUUAAGCGUAAUGAUUGAUUGCACCCACACAAACUACUACAGAGAAGUUCAAAUAAUCCGGUGAUUACCUAAUGAAAUACCUUUUAUUGUCUACUAAGUACUUGGCCAACUGCAGCUAUUUGUUUUUACCCUAGCUACUGUUGUAAGUUGUCGUUACUAACUAUCGUCUUGUGUCCAAGCGAAAACCUUUUAGACCCGACAUAAGCUCUAAAAGGACUUUAUAUUGAUAGACAGCUCUCUAUUUCACACUGAAAAGGGUAUCAAUGCUUCGGCACGACCGCAGAUCACUUAUUUCUUGUUAUCAUACUCUUAUUAACACAUAUGUAUAUGUAUUUUUGUUGAUCAUGUUUAUAAGCCGCUGAUAGUAAGGUCUACACACAACUAUAUGCAAAAUGCAACCGCAAAAUACGAAUAUAUGUAUAUGUAAAUGUUAAA